UUCAUUGUAAACUUUUGUGUCAUAAUGUGUAUUAGAUUUGUUCGAGUUUCCUUUCACUGGCAUGAGUCUAUUGACUUUCUCAUUCGAGAAUAAAUAAACCGUUCGAACUGUUGCUAAGCAUUAGGUGUGCACGCACUGUCGAGGGACGGCACGCAACGAUUAGAUUGGCUCAUGGACUUAUCGAUUCUCGCAUGGUUGAUGCCACCUGCCAAUGUGCAUACCUGAUCACAAAGACUUGAGGAUAGGAUAGUACCAACUGCUUUCAAUCGGCCAUUUGCUCGACAUCCUAACGGGAUGAUGUCCUGGCCGACCUGCAAGAAAAAGAAGUGGGUGCGAGUAUUCUUCCUGGGGAGUACUGGUUUGCUCUUCGUGGUUGGAAUGAUUGUUUCCCAGCAACAGACCUACCCAACAGCGGUGCAAAUCCCGCAGGGAAAGCAUUUCACGGUCGCGUACGGCACGCCCUACUUUUUCCAACCUUGGAUAAGGCAAUACGUGAAAUCUGAUGCGUAUGCGCAGUGCGCCUUCAAUAAUUGUAUCCCAAUCCGAGACACGAGUAAGGCGGAUGCUGUGGUGUUCCAUCACUGGGAUUUAUAUCCCUCCAUUUUGUUCACGGGUGGCGGAAAAAACCGCCGUAAACAGGUCUGGAUCUAUUACGGAAAGGAGCCUGUUUCGCGGACGAAUUGGUUCUCACAUCGUCUCAAUGGGAUAUUCAACUGGACGGCGACAUAUUUGUCAACUUCUGAUAUCCAUCUGCCUUAUGGUACAUACGCAAAAAUACCAAGUACUGCGAUGAAAUUGCGGAAAAGUCUCACAGAAUUGCGUAAGAAAACGAAGACGGCUUUCAUUCUGAUGAGUCAUUGUCAUACGUGGAGCAGACGAGAGGACCUUGUCGAAGACCUCCGAAAGCACAUCGAUGUGGAUGUCCUCGGAAAAUGCGGCAAACCUUGCCCAAACAAUGAUAAUUGUGACUUCAACCUGUUUGAAAAGGAAUACAAGUUUUAUUUAGCUUUUGAGAAUUCAAAAUGUUUUGAGUAUAUCACGGAGAAACUCUGGAAUAACGCGCUGGCUGUUGGUUUAGUUCCCGUUGUGCUUGGCGGCCACAGUCGGAAUGAUUAUGAGGCGCUCCUCCCGCCAGAAUCUUUUAUCUACGCAGACGACUUCUCCUCACCAAAACAACUGGCGGAGUAUUUGAAAAAGGUCGGAUCAGACUCUGAACUUUAUAAUAAGUUCUUGAGAUGGAGGGAACAUUUUCGGGUUUCAACAUCCCAGGAGAAAAUAGACGUGAUGUGUGGGGUAUGCCGGGGUUUGAAUAAUAAGACCAUGAUGUCCACGCCGCAAAUUCACAACGAUAUGGAUAAGUUUUGGUCUGUUAGACGUGACUGCCAUGGUGUUGGACCUGGUGUUCAGAAUGGUUGGUUUGAAAAUGCCAAGGCGUUCUUUUUGUACGUUUUUGGUAUCUUAUAACCAAGAUGCAACUCUAAAACCUCGAAUACAAAGAAUGAGCCUUCACCCCCAAUCAUUACAAUGGUUUGAAUCGGGAUGGGCCAAUAAGUCAGGUAUUAUUCUUUUAUCAAUGGUAUGGGCCAACGGAGUCGCAUGUGUCAUGAUCUUGCUCUGAUCUUGGCUGACAUUGACAGUGAAACGAAAUCAACAUCUUUCACGACACAAUCUGUCUCAGCCCUUUUGACAACCUCGUGCAGCUGCCAGUCUAGAUUCGGUCUGGUUGUGACUGUCUGAUCUCUCUCGCCCCUUUCGACAACCUUGUGGAGCUGCCAGGCUCGAUUCGGCCUGGUUGUGACUGUCCCAUUUCUAUAGCUCUGUUGACAACCCGGUGGAGCUGCCAGUCUCGAUUCGGCCUGGUUGUGACUGUCUGAUCUCGCUCACCCUUUCGACAACCUUGUGGAGCUGCCAGUCUCGAUUCGGCCUGGUUGUGACUGUCUGAUCUCGCUCACCCUUUCGACAACCUUGUGGAGCUGCCAGUUUCAAUUCGGCCUUGUUGUGACUGUGUAAUCUCUCUCGCCCUUUUUGCAACCUUGUGGAGCAGCCAGAAAUAAAGCUUGAUGAAAAAAUCACUCUGGAUGAUGUUUACAAAAUCCAUUUUAUAUACUAGACGGAUCUGCCUACCUCCAAAUUGUACAAGGUGUACAAAAGAGAAAACUUGUUAACAAUUGGGUUAGUUUUUAUCAA